UAUGACCUCAUCAGAAGAGCUGUAUCCUAAGACCCUGCACCCGGCUGCUCUGCAGGAGGAGGACAUUUUCCUGAUUUACCCAUCAAGGAUGGAUAGGGACAGAGACAAGAUGGCAGAGGGGAUAAUAAAUCUCGCCCUAGAGAUACUCUUCCAACUUACUGGAGAGGAUUACACAGUGGUGAAGAAGACCUCUAGUGAGCGCUGUCAGGGUCCUGUGUCUGAAGGAUGUGGAAGAGCUCUGAGCCCAAUCACAGGGCCUUCACCUCACUCCAUGAUACAUGAGGAAAUCAAUGUACAAAAGAUCCUAGAUCUCAUCCACAAGAUGAUUGAGCUGCUGACUGGAGAGGUUCCUAUAAGGUGUCAGGAUGUCACUGUCUAUUUCUCCAUGGAGGAGUGGGAGUAUGUAGAAGGACACAAGGAUCUGUACAAGGAGGUCAUGAUGGAGAAGCACCAGCCCCUCACAUCAACAGGAAUACCCAGUAAGAGAAGAACACCAGAGAGAUGUCCCAGUCCUCAUCCUCCACAGGAUCAUCAGCUUUUGAAUGUGGAUAAAGAUCUGAAUAAUAUUAAUUCUACAUAUACAUAUGUGAGGGGUGAUGACCAGUGUAAGGAAGAAAUUACUACAGAUAACAACCCAGAUGACUGUAUCGGGAGCUCAGAUGGACAUCUGAUCUCUUCAGCUUUUAAAGCAAAAGGUCAUGGUCUCGCGCAAGACACAUAUGAAGAGCAUACCACUAUCUUGGAUAUACCCUCAGCUCUUCACAGCCAAACUUGCUCGUUUGAUCCAUUUAAACCUCUUCUAUCUUCUGGUUCAUCACAAAAUGUAAAGCAGAAUCAAAGUCACAGAAGGGGUAUUAAAGAUCAAAGAAUGCACACUAAGAAGAAGACAAUUUCAUGCUUAGAAUGUGGGAAAUGUUUUACUUGGAAAUCACAACUUGUUGAACAUCAAAGAACUCACACAGGAGAGAAGCCAUUUUCAUGCCAAGAAUGUGGGAAAUGCUUCAUAAGAAAAUCACAUCUUGUUCAACAUCAGAGAAUUCACACAGGGGAGACGCCGUUUUCAUGUGAAGAAUGUGGGAAAUGUUUUACACACAAAACAACACUUGUUGAACAUCAAAGAACUCACACAGGAGAGAAGCCAUUUUCAUGCCAAGAAUGUGGGAAAUGCUUCAUAAGAAAAACGCAUUUUGUUGAACAUCAACGAAUUCACACAGGGGAGACGCCAUUUUCAUGUGAAGAAUGUGGGAAAUGUUUUACACACAAAACAACACUUGUUAGACAUCAAAUAAUUCACACAGGGGUGAAGCCAUUUUCAUGUUCAGAAUGUGGAAAAUGUUUUACCUUGAAAUCACAACUUGUUGAUCAUCAACAAACUCACAAAGGGGUGAAGCCAUUUUCGUGUUCAGAAUGUGGAAAAUCUUUUACCUGGAAAUCACGACUUGUUAAACAUCAACGAAGUCACACAGGAGAGACACCAUUUUCAUGUCUAGAAUGUGGGAAAUCUUUUACUUGGAAACCACAACUUGUUAAACAUCAACGAAUUCACACAGGGGAGAAGCCGUUUUCAUGUGAAGAAUGUGGGAAAUGUUUUACACUAAAAACAAAACUUGUUGUACAUCGAAGAACUCACACAGGGGAGAAGCCAUUUUCAUGUUCAGAAUGUGGGAAAUGUUUUGCAAAGAAAGAAACACUUGUGGUACAUCGAAGAACUCAUACGGGAGAUAAGCCAUUUUCAUGUUCAGAAUGUGGAAAAUGUUUUACCUGGAAAUCACAACUUGAUAAACAUCAACAAAUUCACACAGGAGAGACGCCGUUUUCAUGUGAAGAUUGUGGGAAAUGUUUUACACACAAAACAACACUUGUUGGACAUCGAAGAACUCACACAGGGGAGAAGCCAUAUUCAUGUUCAGAAUGUGGGAAAUGUUUUACUUGGAAAUCACAACUUGUUAAACAUCAACGAAUUCACACAGGGGAGAAGCCAUUUUCAUGUUCAGAAUGUGGGAAAUGUUUUGCAAAGAAAGCAACACUUGUCGGACAUCGAAGAACUCACACGGGAGAUAAGCCAUUUUCAUGUCCAGAAUGUGGUAAAUGUUUUGCACAGAAAGUAACACUUGUUGGACAUCGAAGAACUCACACGGGAGAUAAGCCAUUUUCAUGUCCAGAAUGUGGGAAAUGUUUUACUUGGAAAUCACAACUUGUUAAACAUCAAAAAACUCACAUAGGGGAAAAGACAAUUUCAUGUUAAGAAUGUGGGAAAUGUUUCUUAAGAAAAGCAAAUCUUCUUGGACAUCUGAAAAUUCACAAAGGGAAGACGCCAUUUUAUGUCCAGAAUGUGGGAAAUAUUUAACUUUUAAAUCACAAAUUAUCGAACCUCAAUGAACUCGCAUAGGAGAGAAGCCAUUUUGAUACCAAAAAUGUGGGAAAUUUUAUGGUCAUAGAUCAAACCUUGUUAGACCCCAAAGAACUCACAGAAGGGGAAAAGCCAUUUUUCAUGCCAAGAAUGUGGGGAAUGUUCUACCCAUAAAUCAGUCUGUUUUUGGCAGAAUUCGUUCAGAAUUUACAAAGAAGCGAAGUUAUUUUCAUGCACUGUAUAAGGAAAAUGUUUUUCCCAAAAGUCUAAUACAAUUUCACAUCAUGGAACUUACAUUGGAAAAACUGUUUAUGUCCAGAAUGUAGGAAAUGUUUAAAUGUUUAGUGAUUUGUGUUUGUGACUUUUGUCAGUGAAA